ACGGGCCCGGAAGGAAGUGGCGGGCGGAGGGGUGUGGCGGUUUCUGCGGUUGCGAAGGGGUUCGGACGGGUACGGAGCGCCUGGAGGGACACCUGGAUAAAGGCUCGCUGAUGGCUCAGUUGGGAGCAGUUGUGGCUGUGGCUACCAGUUUCUUUUGUGCAGCUCUCUUCUCAGCCGUGCACAAGAUAGAAGAGGGACAUAUUGGGGUAUAUUACAGAGGCGGUGCCCUGCUGACUUCCACCAGCGGCCCUGGUUUCCAUCUCAUGCUCCCUUUCAUCACAUCAUAUAAGUCUGUGCAGGUAUAUUUGGCUUGUGAGUCAUUUAAGAAUGUACCUUGUGGGACUAGUGGUGGUGUGAUGAUCUACUUUGACAGAAUUGAAGUGGUGAAUUUCCUGGUCCCAAGUGCAGUAUAUGAUAUAGUGAAGAACUAUACUGCCGACUAUGACAAGGCCCUCAUCUUCAACAAGAUCCACCAUGAACUGAACCAGUUCUGCAGUGUGCAUACACUUCAGGAGGUCUACAUUGAGCUCUUUGAUCAAAUUGAUGAAAAUCUCAAACUGGCUUUGCAACAGGACCUGACCUCCAUGGCCCCUGGGCUUGUCAUCCAAGCUGUGCGGGUGACAAAGCCCAAUAUUCCUGAGGCGAUCCGCAGAAACUACGAAUUGAUGGAAAGUGAGAAGACAAAGCUUCUCAUUGCAGCCCAGAAACAGAAGGUGGUGGAAAAAGAAGCUGAGACAGAGCGGAAGAAGGCCCUCAUUGAGGCAGAAAAGGUGGCUCAGGUUGCAGAAAUCACCUAUGGACAGAAGGUGAUGGAGAAGGAAACUGAGAAGAAGAUUUCAGAAAUUGAAGACGCUGCGUUCCUGGCGCGGGAGAAGGCAAAGGCUGAUGCUGAGUGCUAUACUGCUAUGAAAAUGGCCGAAGCGAAUAAGCUGAAGCUGACCCCUGAAUAUCUGCAGCUGAUGAAGUACAAGGCCAUUGCUUCCAACAGCAAGAUUUACUUUGGCAAAGACAUCCCUAACAUGUUCAUGGACUCCGCAGGCAGUCUGGGCAAGCAGUUUGAGAGCCUAGCUGACAAGCUGAGUUUUGGCUUAGAAGAUGAACCCUUGGAGGCAGAUCCAGAGGAGAAUUGAAAGAAAAUUUUUAUAUAACCUCAGAUGACACUUAAAGAGAUCUUUAUUUUUUAAUGAUGAACCAGGAUGCCCCUCCCUCUCACACUACCUUCUUUGACUGUCUUCCAAGUACUGUGG